AUGCAGCCUGCACUAGUUUAUGUUGCUCGACGUCGAGAGGAUAGAGACGUCCCUAAUAUGAUCACGGAUACGUUUUUUAUUUUUGAUGCUCCAUAUACUACUUUAAUAGACAUAUGUUCUACACACUUCUAUGUAGCUAGUUUUGUUUCUAAGAACUUGGGGAUUUUAGUUGAGUGUACUACUGGUGAAAUUAUUGUACUGAGUCCAUUGGGGCAGUCUGUUUGGGUAAAUAGACUUUAUAGGAAUGUUCUGUUGGAAGUACAAAGGGUUAUGUUUCCGGCAAAUCUGAUAGAGCUACUGUUUUGGGAGUUUAACUUAAUUCUGGGUAUGGACUGGUUUGUUCUGAGGACCGAGGAUGAUCAAGAGGUGGUUGUGAUUGGCGAGCGUCGAGUUUACUUGUCUAAGGACUCUUCUGUCAAGGAUAUCAGAACAGUUAGGGAAUUUUUAGGUGUUUUUCCUGAGGAGUUACCGAGUUUACCUCUGAAUCGAGAAGUUGAGUUCGGCAUUGAGCUUCUUCCAGGUAUAGCUCUGGUGUCCAUCAAUCUAAACCGCAUGGCACCGAAAGAACUUGUAGAGCUUAAGGCUCAACUUCAAGAGCUUCUGGAUCAUGGUUUCAUCUGUCCUAAUGUGUCUCCGUGGGGAGCACCGUCGUAUCUGGAUCAGUUCGUAGUGGUCUUCAUUAAUGAUAUUCUGGUCUACUCUAAGACUGAGGAUGAGGAUGAUGAGCAUCUUAGAAGGCAUUAUCUGUACGGUGAGAGGUGUAUCAUCUAUACUAAUCACAAUAGCCUCAAGUACCUCCUUACUCAGAAGGAGUUGAAUCUUCGGCAAUGUCGAUGGAUUGAGUUGCUUAAGGAUUAUGACUGUACGAUAGAGUAUCAUCCUUGUAAGGUCAAUGUGGUGGCCAAUGCUGUUGAUAGUGGCAGUACUUUUGUUUUUGGACUGAAUAAGGAUGGAGUUGUGUGUUUUCGAGGGUGGGUUUGUGUACAGAACGAUUAUGAUCUAAGACAGUCGAUUCUGAGGGAAGCGCAUAAUAGCCCUUAUGCUAUGCAUCCCGGUUGCAAUAAGAUGUAUCAGGAUCUCUGUGAACUGUAUUGGUGGCCGAGAUUCAAACGUGAGAAAAUAGAUUUUGUUACUCGUUUUCUAACGUGUCAGCAAGUUAAGGAUGAGCACCAGUUGCUUCUGGUAGUUGAGAGGAUUUUCUACCGUUAUCUGAGUUCGCCUAAAAUAACAGUUUCCAUUCUAGCAUCCAGAUUGCACCUUAUGAAGCUUUGUAUGGUCGUAAGUGUUGUACUCCGCUGGAUUGAGUUUGGUGAACGACAAGUUUUGGGUCCUGAGUUGGUUUCCGAGACUGAAGAUAAGGUAUCUCCAUGGAAGAAAGUUCUGCGCUUCGGUCGUAAGGACAAGUUAAGCCCUAGGUUCAUCGGGUUAUAUCGGAUUCUGAAGCGUGUGGGAUCAAUGGCUUAUCAGUUAGAGUUACCUCAAAAAUUAGGUCGUAUCCAUGAUGUGUUUCACGUUUCAAUGUUGAGACGGUGCCGGUUUAACCCAUCUAACGUUGUCUUUGUUGAGGAGAUUGAGGUUAGACCGAACUUGAUGUUUGAGGAGGAGUCAGUUCAGAUUUUGGAUCGAGCUUUUAACAUUCUGAAGAGGAAGUCCACCUCGUUGGUUAACGUUCUGUGGCGGAAUCAUGGCACUAAAGAAGCCACGUGGGAACCUAAGAACUCGAUGUGUCACUAG